UAUAGCGGGGAGAUCAUCGACACAAUAAAACAAAUUCACUCCUUUGCAACUCGUCGAAUCAUCGUCCUAAACCUUUUUCACCGCCGGCCAUGGAAGUUCCCUUCAGGAUCCUUUUCCUGAUCGCAAUCCUCUCAGUUUCUUUGUUCGUCACACAGCACGGACAUGGCUGGAAGCAGGCGUUUCGGCCAUCUGACCUUAUUCCGCUUAUGCCCUACCAGCUUUCGCGGCCUAUCAUGAACUCUCUCCACGGUGCAGCGGACCUCUUACCCGCCUUCGUAGGCGCUGCUCCGAUCUCAGGGAACGACACUCUUGAGUGGAAAGGGUCUUGCUUCUACAAUAACUCUGCCUGGUUGGAGCUCCACAAUAAGAGUGGUACUCCUUUUGGUGGAGGCACUCUUCAUAUCAAGGUAAGCAAUGCACACAGCUGGACAUGUAUGGAUCUUUAUGUCUUUGCAAGCCCGUACCGUGUAACAUGGGAUUACUACCUUUUAUCCCGAGAACAUACACUUGAAUUUGAUGCAUGGGAAUCAAAAGCCGAGUUAGAAUAUGUAAAGAAGACCGGGAUUUCAAUUUUUCUCAUGGAGGCAGGAAUGUUAGGAACCCUUACUGCACUAUGGGAAGUCCUUCCUUUAUUCACAAACACUGGUUGGGGCGAGAACUCGAACAUUAAUUUUCUCAAGAAACAUAUGGGAGCUUCAUUCGAGAAGCGUCCUCAGCCAUGGAUGACAAACAUUUCUACCGAUGAUAUACAUUCAGGAGAUUUUCUUGCGAUAUCAAAGGUUAGAGGCCGCUGGGGUGGUUUUGAGACUUUGGAGAAGUGGGUAACUGGUUCUUAUGCUGGUCAUAGUGCUGUUUGCUUGAGAGAUUCUGAAGGAAAGCUAUGGGUGGGUGAAUCUGGAAAUGAAAAUGAUGAGGGAGAAGAUGUUAUUGCUGUCUUACCUUGGGAAGAAUGGUGGGAGUUUGAGACGACGAAAGAUGACUCGGAUCCACAUAUUGCAUUGCUUCCUCUGCAUGAAGAUCUACGGGCCAAGUUCAAUGAGACUGCUGCAUGGGAAUAUGUUAAAAGCAUGGAAGGUCUGCCUUAUGGUUAUCACAACUUACUCUUUAGCUGGAUAGACACAGUAGACGGAAAUUAUCCUCCGCCUUUGGAUGCUCAUCUGGUUGCAUCUGCCAUGACAGUUUGGAACCAUCUACAGCCUGCAUAUGCUGCUAACCUGUGGAAUGAAGCAUUGAACAAGCGCCUUGGAACUCAGGGGCUAGAUCUCCCUGAAAUACUUGUGGAAGUUGAAAGGCGGGGGUCCUCUUUUGGGGAACUGUUGACUAUUCCAGAACAGGAUGACUGGAUAUAUGGCGAUGGGAAGUCCACAUCAUGUGUUGCUUUUGUUCUUGAAAUGUACAAGGAAGCAGGACUGUUUGGCUCACUUGCAAGCUCCAUUGAAGUUACAGAGUUUACAAUUAAAGAUGCAUACUCUCUGAAUUUUUUCGAGAAUGAUAUGGGACGCCUACCAACGUGGUGCAAUGACGGGGACACAGUGAAACUUCCGUUCUGUCAAAUUCUGGGGAAGUACAGAAUGGAAUUUCCGAACUACAAUACCAUGGAACCAUACCCUCAUAUGAAUGAAAUGUGUUCUUCUAUGCCGCCCAAAUAUUUUCGGCCAAAGGAUUGCUGAUGAACCUUUCCUAUAUGUUCAUAUUUGUGGCCUCAAAGUUGUAUAUAUUCCUAUCGUAGGGCACAUCCGCACGAGGUAGGUGACACUACAAGCUGUAUUCAUGUGGAAAAAUGUUAAGUGUCCGUCCUGGUUCACCGGGUCGAUGACAAUUUGGAGGUGAAAUUACUACUUCACUCACUGUCAAAGUAUGGUAAAGUUGACUCCUGCAGUGGAUUAUCAUUGAGCUGCGAGAGCGACUGGCAUUACUCAUUCAUCUGAAGCUGGUUUGGACUUUGGAAUGUAAAAGUGUUUGGUUUGUGAAUUGAUUUGUGCUAAGGUAGCUUGUAUGUUAUGUUGUUCAUGGGCUGGGAUCUAAAGCUAUAAGGGUUAGCUUGACAUGGUCUCCAUUGUUACCGUUAGCAUGACGAUGUAAAUACGUUGAAGUUUCACGAGAUUCAGUAGGCAAUGUGAAUGUCUUGCUGUAAUUAUCUAUGCAUAUACAAGUCUAUUGGUCCAGCUUCACUUUUAUUGUUCAGCAAUUAUGUUCACUUUUUUUAACGUUAUGCUUUUACUAUGUUUCUUAUACGCUUUUUGUCCCAUUUCCAUAAGGAGAGCAUGCAUGACAAAUU